GCCAUGGAGGAGCUGAGCAGCGUGGGCGAGCAGGUCUUCGCGGCCGAGUGCAUCCUGAGCAAGCGGCUCCGCAAGGGCAAGCUGGAGUAUCUGGUGAAGUGGCGAGGCUGGUCCUCCAAACACAACAGCUGGGAACCUGAAGAGAAUAUUCUUGAUCCAAGGCUGCUCCUUGCCUUCCAAAAGAAGGAACAUGAGAAAGAGGUGCAGAAUCGGAAGAGGGGCAAACGACCCAGAGGCAGGCCCAGGAAACAUGUGGAACCAGAGGUGCCUCCAAAAAUCAAGUCAAGUAGCUCCUCAUCCUCCACGUCUUCAUCUUCUUCCUCCUCUGAUGAAGAGGAUGAGAGUGACUUGGAGGCAAAGAGAGGUCCCCGGUGCAGAGAGACUCACCCAGUGCCACAGAAGAAAGCUCAGAUUUUGGUUGCAAAGCCGGAAAUAAAAGACCCUGUGAGGAAGAAGCGUGGGCGUAAACCUCUGCCUCCGGAGCAGAAGGCAGCCAGAAGGACCAUGAACCUGGCAAAGGUGCUGAAAACAACCCGAAAGGAGAUGGGUGGAGGUUCCAAACUGAUGGGGAAAUUGCAGCCCCAACACAAUGCUCAGGCCUCAGGUAUUGCUGUACUUAAAUCUAAUGUGAAAGAGCCCCAAAGUGCACUGAGUGGGCUUGGUUCAGGGGGCUUAUCCGCUGAGAACUUGCCCAAUAUACUGAAGGGCCCCUCUGGGAGCCCAAGCCAUGGGAUCAGCUGGCAGAGUUCUAUCGUGCACUACAUGAACAGGAUGUCCCAAAACCAGAGCUUGGCAGAGGCCCCAGCCCCAGGGAGGCUGGCACUCAAGUCACAAGCAUCCACCAAGAGUAGCCUAGGACUAGACUUAAAAAUGAGAAACCAGAAAGGAGCUGGGGAGCCUGGGUUGAAUGUGCAAGGAUCCAAAGCAGCCAAGGCACUUGGCAGUGGUGCUGGAGGGGAUCAGAAAUCAGGCUUCACUGCUGGGGCUCAGACCCUGCCCAACGGCAGCAAGGCACCUGUGAAUUCGCCUGUCCCAGGAAGCCAGCUGACUUCCAAUCAGGAGCUGAACCUUCAAGCUUUAAACUUACAGAGUAUCAAAAAUGGGCCAAAUUCAGCAGGUGGCCGCAGCCUCCCUCGGCAUGUCUGUGGAACUGUGGCCAAAAGUUCUGGCACCGCAGCUGUGAAUGUGGGGGCAGCCGCUGCCAAGGGCAGCGGGGUAGGCACAGUGCUGAAUGCACAAGACACGGGGCUGCCGCCAGGCGUGGACACCUGCAAAAAUGAGAAACCAAUGCAAAGAGCAGCUGCUGGGGAAAGAGACGUGACAAAAAGUGGUGCCUCAUGUAUGCAAGAGGGGCACCCCACAAGAGAGAACCACAAGCCGGCAGCCCUGUCUGAAAUGAGCACCGGCGAAGACGAGACCAGCUCCGAUUCGGAUAGGGAUUCUGCCUCGUUUCCUGGUAUGGGCCAGAACAUGUCAGUCUCCAUCCAGACCAGCCAGGACUGGAAACCCACCCGCAGCCUGAUCGAACACGUCUUUGUCACAGACGUGACAGCCAACCUGAUUACAGUGACCGUCAAGGAGUCUCCCACCAGUGUUGGGUUUUUCAAUCUUAGACAUUACUGAACCAGGAGGUACGAGGUGGGGGGAUGGGUUCCAUAGCCCCUUCUGAUGCCUCUUUCCCAUUGGCUUUACCUGAUUGUUUCAUUGGGUUUUUCUUCAAGUGAAUGCCAGAUGGCAAUGAGAUCUGGGGAGGCAAAAAUCAGGUGUCCCUGCCCCUAUAAGCAAUUGGCUAUUAAACAGCACUCUGGCUUCCCCCAACAACGUGUUCUGCCAUUGCCGGUCAGCAAUGUUCUUGGUGGUUCAUUGUAUCUGUGGAGGUUUCCUGGAGCCAAUAGAGAUUUUCUCUGAGGGCUGCGAGGAGUAGGAUACAAUGAAAUCUGUUAAGAGCUACCAAAGGGCAUUCUGUUUUUCUGACCACUAUAGCAGAUGGCACCAGAGUAAGGUUAAUGCAGUGGUUCUCUGGUGGGGAUUAAGGCUGGCUGCUUAAAAGUGCUUAGCAAGUGACUGGUAAGCCAGGUUUCUCUGUGGUUGGAUUUCUUUGCUGUACAACUUGAAAUGUCAGAACACCAGGUACCUGCAACACCAGAACAUGCAAGUACCUGGACAGUUGGGGAGAGGGCUAUGGGAUCAUGCAAUGUAACAGGCUAAAGCUUUUCCUUGAGAAAAAGUGAGUUUUGGGGGUUUUUUUUUGUUUGUUUGUUUUGUUUUGUUUUCCUUCUAGGCAUUAGCACAAGCUCCUGGGACAGUCAAACUCAAUCCAAAUCAGACAGCCAACUUCUGCAGUGUUCCACAUGCUGCAGGGUUGGGGGUUGCCUGUAGAUGUGGGGGUUUUCAGGGGCCAUUAGUUUAAGCCCAGCUACCCUCCUGGGCUAGGUUGCUCCGAGUGAUGAACGUGAAGUGACUGCUAGUUCUCUUGUGUUGUUUUGCAAAUGAAAUGGAAAUAUUGUUUACAUUUAUAUACAAAAUCCUCCCUUGUUCAGAAGGAAGGUGGGGGGCAAGGGGGCAUCAGACUAAAACUGUUGCUGCUGCUGGCAAACCCAGACCCGCUGUGGUGAGAAUGGGCAUCACAGCCUGCAUUCACACCACAUGGGGCACGUUUGGGGUGCACAGCUUGAGCUGGCGGCUGAUCAGCAGUGUGAGCUGCUGCUGUGAAAUUUCUCUGUGUGCAUGAAAGAAGAGAAAUCAGGGAUGAGAACCAGUCUGGACGAUUUAGUGCUCUCCAGAUCCAGGCCUUCUCCUUCUCCCAGUAUCAUUAACACUUCACCUUGCAUCCAUCAGCCACUAGUCCUGGUGGAGCUUCUGCAGACACCCCCACGCAGCACGUUUGGGAGCAUUAAAUCACAUGGUACAUGCAAAUACUUGUGGCAGGAUUUAACUUGCUGCUUGCACAUGUCCUUCAGGCCCGUGUGUAGGUUUUGCAGCCCCAGGCCUAAAGCCACCUGCUACCUGGAGACCCGCUGUGAAGCUCAAGCACAAUGGAGAAAACUUUUCUCCUAGGUGUGAGGUUUGUAGGUGCCAUGAGGCAUGGGAGAGCAGGCAGCUUGAGGCUCUGACUUGCCAUUAGCCUUGUCUUGAUGCUACCACUAGGAAUGAGUGAGGGUUAAAACACAGCGUUUGUGGGAUCUAAAUUCCUGCCAAGCUCCCAUUGCCAGCAAGCUUUACGAGCGCUGUGGAGGCAGUGCAUGCGAGGCUCACGCUGGGUGCUGCCAAGUGCCUUCAAUUCACAUGAUUU